UUCCUGUGCUAAUGCAGGGAAAUAAAAAAGCUGUUUCUGCACAAGACUUCUUGUUCUUCAUGGGACUAUUUACCUUUGCAGUUCGGGUGGUCACUAGUAGACGUCUACACGGUAAACGAGCGACACGCAACCACCUCGUUAGUGGUAUGACAGCAGCCAACAGAAGCUCAAACAAAAGAGUCAAAGUCACCGUUGUCCCGAUUUUUCAAUAGUGAUCAUACUAGUAAUAAUAAUAAUAAUAAUAAUAAUAAGCCCGGCGCGAAACAACUACUGUUCUGUUGAUAGUAGUUUGGCAGAGCCAAGAAAGAAAUACGAGGCCUGUGACAGCCGCCGAGUCUUAAUUAUUUACUUCCCCGAGCGGGCAGUCGGAGCCAUGUCGGCCAGUAGUUACGGCGACAUGUCGGACGUAUCCGUGCAGAGAAACAUGUCUUAUUCGUCCGCGUCCAGUGUGAGCCAGCAAAUGAGCGACUGCUCUUUGCAGGAGAAAAACGAAGAGGAGCGUUUGGAGAGGGCCAAAGAUUUCCUCAAUGACCAGUCCGUUUGCAUUGUGUCGGAGUGCGAUGCGUGUCAAAUCCUGCCGCACCUGUGCUGCGAGCUGCAGGAUCGGCGAGAGGCGGACAAGAUCAAAAAGAAGAGCACGGUGGACACACGCAGCUCAGCCAUGGAGGACCUGGUGGAUCUUGUGACGAGGUUGAACGACUGGGAACUGCUUAGGCAAUUUUUCGUGACCAUUGUGCGCCUCAAUCCUUCGCUGUUUCUGGAGGAACACAAAUGGAACGAGAAGCCUGAAUUCAAAGCUAUUGUGCAGGAGCGUAUUUACUAUCUGGACAUGUUGCUAUGUGACAUUCCUAGCGGCCACUCUGCUUGGAAAGCUCUUACCAAGGAACUGGUGCUGGUUUCCAGCAACCCACUCAUCAAGUGUGACUGGAGUACAAUUGCGUUCCUGAACGAGAUCAAUGAACGAGAGCUGAGCGAGCAUGCUGUUGAGGACGCGGACUCCUUCUGGAAGUAUUGGUGUCAGAGCAGUCACCAGCCGAAGCUGUGUAAACUGCUGGAAUCCUUGCUGAAGAUCGGUCUCCUAGCUUUUGUGGAGGUUCUGGCUCUGGACGAGUUCCAGUUGCCACGGCAGUCAGUGAAGCGUCUGAUUGCGGAUACGCCCCGCGUUCCUGAUCUUCGCUCACGGCAAACUGGCCAGAAGGAACCCCGUGCCGGUCCGCUCCCCCCGAAUUCAACCAUGCUUCAUGACGAGGGACGGCGUGUGGAGACAUUCUCCGCGAUUGCAUCUCAGCUCGGCGGCAAAGAAGACCUGUUCAUGCGCGCCCUGGCGUUUGACAUGGACCGGAUGCGAGACUUACGCGAGCAACACCGCUUCAAUAGCAGAGCAAGAAAGGCGGCCAUGUUGGAUGAGUGGUAUAAGGAUACAAUGGCAUUUGAGCCGCUCGUCGAGCACCUUCUCUUUGCCUGUCAUCAGGCGCAGCUAGGGAGACUUGCUGAUGAUAUAGAGAGCACCUACCCAGAGUGUACGGGACUCAGGAGUCCAUUCAAGGAUAAGAGAUGUAGCGGGCUGAGGAGGUGCCCAAAGCAGAAUGACACCGACGGAGACACGGCUUGCAAAGAGCUGCCGCUGCGAUGUCAAGAUGCUGAGCAGGGCCUGUUCUACCUUCCGUUCUCAGUGCUGAUGGCUCUGUGUGACAAACUUGAUAACGAGAAGAUUGGUGAGCAUGACUGGAGGCUGUUGGCUCGUCAUCACGUUCACCACCUGAGUGACGAUGACAUUCUGGGCAUAGGGCGACGUGAGCGUGAACGGUCGCCGGCCAAGUACAUUAUAUCCAUGUGGGCUGCGGCCGGACGCCAGCGAAACGACCUCUACGCAUUUCUGCUCAGCAGUGGAAUGUACGAGGAGGCCAUGGUUCUCAUGUGACGUGAACUGCUGCCAGUGCAUGUCUAGCUAUUUUUCAUGUGCUACGAGGGCUCAGUAUGAUUAUCAGUUUUUACAUUAUCAUGCCACUGUGAUAUUUUAGCACUUUGGCCACACUGGAUUCAUGAUAAUUAUGUACAUGAAGAUUGUAGAUGUAUUAUGCUAUUCGAUAUACUUCAAUAUCUGAAGACAUUUCAAUAUGUUUCGGGAGGGAGCCGGGAGUUCUCUACCAUAGGCACAGAUUUCUAUUCAGACCCACAAUUUUCACUGCAACUCUUAGACAUUUUCCUCCUCAGACCAAAAGUUUCACAUAGCACUGUCCUAUGGGCUGCAUUCUGCAAAAUAAGAACUGGUUUAGAGAGCUUUCAUAAACAUA